GCUGAUAAACUGUCAAGUGAGUGAACAGGAUGGGGAAGACAGAAGAGCUGCGAAACACGAAUUAAUUUGUUAAAAGAAGUAGGAAAAACUACUUUAAAGUUACCCAUGUCAUGUUUGGAGUUUACGACGGCAUGUAUUAGUGUCUCACAGCAGCGAGCAGACUGGGCAGCCGAACGUGUUUUUCACCGAGAUAAGACUUUGAGCAGCCAGUUUCGGAGGAUGUCAACCCCGAGCAGUAACUCUCUCCAGCAGCCGAGAGUGAGGCGCAGCAACGCGGGUUCUCCCGGGUCGUUCAACAACGGCAGCUGCCGCUUGCACCCCAUCCGAGCCACCGUACCCUACCAGCUCCUGCGUGGGGGUCCGAGCAGCCCGACCCGGGCUCAAGCCCUGUACGCCGGAGCCAACCGGCUCUCGACCAGUCCCCCCUCCAGUCCGCCGCUCGGCCCAGGAAGUGCAAAUGUGAAGCAAAGACUGUCCCCCGAACACAAGGAGUCGUCCUGCCCCCCAGGCUCUCCAGUUUCCAGAGCAGAAAGAUCCAAGAUACAAGUACGAAGUUCUAGUGCCAUCCGAAGGGCAUCGUCUUUGGAUGCCAUCACUGGGCCAUACCUCACGGGCCAGUGGCCUCGGGACUCCCAUGGACACUACCCCUCCUGUAUGAAAGACAAAGCCACGCAGACACCAGGUGUCUGGACUGACGAAGGAGCAGAUCUGGGGAGUCCUCACCAGCGGUCAGCCUCGUGGGGGAGUGCAGACCACCUGAAAGAGCAGAUUGCUAAACUGAGGCUGCAGCUGCAGCGCAGCAAGCAGGCCACCCGGCAGAGCAAAGACCGGGAGCAGAUCUCCCUGCAGCUGCUGCAGCCGGCGCACGGCGCUGCGUGCCAACCACAGCACAAGGGAACCUCCUCAGCUUUGAUGACGAGCCCUCUGACUAAAUCCCUCGUAUGUCGGGUGCCAAGCAGCGUAGAGGCGAUCAACCGUGAGCUGGAAAACGUCUUCGUCAGAGAUGACUGGGAGCACGGCAUGCAGGCCAUGGAGGUGGUGGAUGGCCGUCGUGCCCCGUUCCCGCUGCAUCGCCACAGUGGGGACACGCGUGACACGGACACGCAGGCCCCUUCGAGCGGUGAAUCAAGCCCGUCUCCGCGCCCCUGCAGCACCGACCACCUCCACUCCCCUGAUGGAAGUCCCUGCUCUACAGAGGAAAUCGAUAAAGACAGUGUGUGCAGUUCUCCUCUGCCCAAGUUCACCACCUCCCCCAAACCCAACAACAGCUACACGUUCAAACGGGAACCUCCGGAGGGAUGUGAGAAGGUCAAAGUGUUUGAUGAGUUCGUGUCUGGCACCUCGAAAGGCUUCCCUCUGUUCUCGUGCCCCGACAAGAACAAGGUGAACUUCAUCCCCAGGGGCUCGGCCUUCUGCCCCGUCAAACUCCUCUGCUCCUCUCUGUUCUCCCCCAUCUCCUCCGUCAGCCCCGGCCUGGGCCCUCAGCUGACCUCGGUCCUGCCCGCGGCACCAGUAGCUGCCUUUUCGGACCCGAGCGGCGACGUGAAGUCCAGCAGCAGCACAGCUAGCCAGAACUCCGACGCCGACGUUGGGAGGGACGGCUCGGCACAAGUACUCCUCACCAGCUAGUCUUCAGGUAUUCAGGACCAAACCAUCUACAGAUGAAGCACCGCAGCUCGUCAGGUGGUUUUACAAUAAAAAUAAAACUUGCACUCCGAUAAUCCUAACGUUAGCCAGCGGCGAGUGCCCGAGGUCCCAACACGACCAGCGCCUCUGAGGAUAAUGGUACCAGCAUUUGUGCUUCACCCCGAGGUCCGUUCCUGUUUCAGACGUGAUGUUUGAUGGUUUGGACUUUGUUAGCGACCUUGGGCACCGUCUCUCCACCCACCACUAACAUCGCCUCCUCUGUACCGUGACUGCUCCCUCAGCAGAAAUCUAUUUGCUUUUUGUGCAACGAUGAGAACAUCUGCUCUAAUUAUUGCUCCGUUUAGGGUCGGCAAGUUAUUCUGAUGA